AUGGCUUUCUUUGUCUCUGCAGGCUGGUUCCGAGGAUUCAUCCUGAAGAAUCCAAAUGUCAAGGGAAUCUUCCCGUCCAGCUACAUCCACUUGAAGAAUGCCCACGUCAAGAAUAAAGGGCAAUUUGAGACCGUCAUCCCUGUUGAAGACUCCGUCAUCACAGAGAUGACGUCCACGUUGCGGGACUGGGGUGCCAUGUGGAAACAACUCUAUGUGAAGAAUGAGGGGGAUUUGUUCCAUCGGCUUUGGCACGUGAUGAAUGAAAUCCUGGACCUGAGGAGGCAGGUGCUGGUCGGCAGCCUCACCCAUGACCGCAUGAGGGACGUCAAGCAGCACAUCACGGCCAGAUUGGACUGGGGCAACGAGCAGCUCUGCUUGGACCUGGUGCCCAGGCGGGAGUUCAGCAUGGUGGACCCCGAUGAAAUCAGCGUCACAGAGCUAUACAGACUGACGAUAGCAGCAUCUCGAGGAGGAGUGUCUGCUGUUCCAAAGCGAGGAGAACCAAGAGACUCCAGACAACUACUGGACGCCUGUUUUACAGCCUCGAGCUUCGAUACACAGAGCAGUCAGUUCCCUUUACCUCCUUUAACUCGAAACUUUACCACUCACUUCGAGUAG